GCUGUUUCCUGUGAACUAGACGCUCUCGCAGAGCGCUAGAGCAUCGCUGCAGCAAAUCUGGGUUUUGUUUAUAUUUAACUAAACUUUUUCGCAAGAAUGUCGUCACACACAGCAAGUGACAUCCUUUCUCUCUGGGUUAUGCGACUCAACCGACCAGUGUUUGUGAAGCAGCAAUGUGAACCUGCUGAGCUUUAUCUGGAUGAUAUCGCGGGCUCUUUGACGUUUUCCGAUGCAGGCGUUCGUUCCGACUUGGAUGGGGUCCCACUGCAUCGGUUGUCCAUGGCAUCCAUUUCCUCGGCGUCGGUCGACCCUACUCCAACGGUGGCAGGAGACCACUGCCAAUCGAAUUCGAGCAACUCUCAAAACCCGGACGACUUUAUUCACGUAAAAGUUGGCGGUCCUGGGGAACUUUUACAUCUACCUCAAUCAUUCGGGUAUGGUGGGUUCGAUACACUUCCCUAUUCACCAUGCUUGUUGUCAUUUUCGCCUUGUGACACAUUUUGCUCUCCGAUACUUUUGCUUUGA